AUGGCUACCACAGGGCCGAAGAGCAAGGCGUUGCAGACGAAUAUGGAGGUCGACUAUGUGGUUGUCUACAGGUUUACUGACCUGGACAAGCAAACCGCCAUAGUCACCUUCGAGAAGCUCAUCCAGGCACUGAGCUCCGUUGGUCUGGCCACUGAAGUUAGAAAUGGCGGCAACCACUCCGUCUUAGUUUUUACCAGGGUAGCUUCGGAGAGGCACCUGUACGGUGAAGUCUAUAGGUCCAGAGUCAAAGACUGGCUCCAUGGUGUGCGGACCACAGCACCUCCCAAAGAAAUACGGCAAGCUCUCCAGGUGGAACCGCUCUACGAAGCGGAACGGCUGCGCAUUAUCUACCAACUCAUCACCAAUCCUGUCACUGAAGGAGGGGCAGGCAUCACACCAAAGGAGGGCGAAUGGAAGAACAUCGAGUCAGUCUUUCCCUUGCAUGAUCAUGCCUACAAUAAGGACUGGAUCAAGAAAUGGAGCACGAACUAUACCUUGAAUAUUGAAGAUCUGGAUGAGAUCCGCAACCGGCUCGGAGAGAAGAUUGCCUUCUACUUUGCCUUUACGCAGUCGUACUUCACCUUCCUCGUGUUUCCCGCGGCAUUCGGCGUGGCCGCGUGGACACUACUUGGCCACUUCUCGUGGGUCUACGCCGUCGUCAACGGGCUCUGGUGCACUAUCUUCACCGAGUAUUGGAAGCAUCAGGAGGUUGAUCUGGGCGUCCGCUGGGGCGUUCGUGGUGUAUCUCGCAUCGAUGUGAAGCGGAGGGACUUCAAGCAUGAGAAGCGGGUCACAGAUCCAGUGACCGGCGAGACUGUCGAGGUCUUUCCAUCAACCAAGCGCCUGCAGCGACAACUUCUCCAGGUACCCUUCGCGCUUGCGGCCGCCCUCAUCCUCGGAAGUCUCAUUGCUACAUGCUUCGGUAUUGAGAUUUUUAUCUCCGAAAUUUACAACGGACCGCUCAAGAGCGUCCUCGUCUUCCUUCCAACCGGCAUUCUGACCACGGUCAUGCCCAUCCUGACCGGCAUCUUGACCAACUUCGCCACUCAGCUGAAUCGUUACGAGAACCACGAGACCAAUGGAGCGUACGAAACUGCAUUGACGCGGAAGAUCCUCAUCCUCAAUUUCAUCACCUCCUAUCUUCCCAUUUUCCUGACCGCAUUUGUCUACGUACCCUUCGGCAGUCUGAUCGUCCCGUACCUGGACGUCUUCAGCCUUACCGUUCGGCCAUUCGCGGAGAAUGAGAAGCAGAUGCAGGUACCCACAUCCGGGUUCAGCAUCAACCCAGCCCGACUUCGGAAGCAGGUCAUCUACUUCACCGUAACGGCACAAGUUGUCAAUCUCGGGAUGGAGGUUAUUGUGCCCUACCUCAAGCGUCGGGGUUUCGCCAAGGUCAAAGAGAUUCAGAGCGAGCGUGCCGCAAAGAACGGCACAGCCAGCAUCAACGUCGCAGAAAAUGACCCACCGGAGGAGGUCGCCUUCCUCGAGCGUGUACGCAGCGAGGCUGAGCUAGAUGUCUACGACGUGACCGCCGACCUGCGCGAGAUGGUUGUUCAGUUCGGCUACCUAUCCCUCUUCAGCGUAGUCUGGCCUCUGACAGGUCUCUCCUUCCUGAUCAACGACUGGAUCGAACUCCGCGCCGACGCCGUCAAAAUCUGCGUCCAGAUGCAGCGGCCCAUACCCUGGCGCGCCGACACCAUCGGCCCCUGGCUCGACGCCCUCACCUUCCUGACCUGGGUCGGUUCUCUCACGACCGCCGCCCUCUGCUACCUCUUCGCCAACGAUGGGAUUGGGCCUAACGGCACGCCCAAGAGCAUUCAAGGCUGGGCGCUCCUGCUUACAGUCUUCUUCGCCGAGCACGCGUUCUUGGCGGUGCGACAGGUCGUGCGGGUCGUGAUCUCCAAGCUGGAUAGUCCGGGUAGGCAGAAGGAGCGCAGAGAGAGGUACUUGCUUAGGCGACAGUACUUUGAUGAGAGCUUGAGCGAGAUUAGGCAGCUGCCGACGAUGGAGCAGGCGGCGGAGCAUAUUGACCGUGGCACGUUGGAAGAAGAGGCGAGGCAGUCGACGCUUAGGGGAUAUAGCGUUGAGGGUGCGUUUUGGGCAAGGCAGAGGGGGUGGAGGGAGACGGUGCAGGUUGGGGCGCAUUUGAUUGAGAGGGAUGGUAUGGCGGGAGAGGUGAAGAAGACGAGGUAG